CUGGGGAAUGAGAACAAUGAAAUGCCCCGGAAAUGACAAGAAGGCACAACAUGUUCGUACUCUCACAGUGAAACCAGGUGGUGCAGUUUACAGGCAAGCUGUAGGUACGUUCAUCUUCAACAACUUCUCAAUACUUCACGGAAUCCCUAAAACUGGGCACUAGGGUUGUCUGAAACUCUACCAACUUUGUAAUUAAGGAUAAACUAGAAAAUUGAAGAAAAUUGCAAACUACUGUCGACUAAAAGCAGUAAAAGGAAGCAAAAUGAGGGUCUGGAUUCAUCCUACCGUAUUUUACAUUUUAUUUACUCAAUGUUUUGUUGUCUUAGCUGUGAAUUCUGCUGAUACAACAGGGCAAAAAGUUUCUGCCAUUACCAACUUCCUUAGCAAUGAGGGUAAUUCUUCCGGAAAACUUAAUAAAACUGGAUCUUUUAACAGUAGUUUUGCAACUGAAUCCAAUCAGAAAGGAGCAGUGACGCCUUCUACGGUGAAACUGAGCCCAACAAGUAACAACAUGACUGCCUUAGCCCCUGGGAUUACUGUUGCCACGUCAACCAAAUUAGUGAAGCCUUCUGUGCCUGAUAGUUCUCAGCCUCCUAAAACAGGGAUAACAAUAUUUCAAACAACAACACCUCAUGCUUCAAGUCACUACGUGCCUGAGUCCUCGACAAGUGCGCCAUUUGUUUCAACAGCUACAGAGAGUCAAAUUAAUGCAACACAUCAAGUCUCAACGCCAACGGCAACUACUGCACUGAAGUUAACACAGACAGGGUCCACUGAAACAAAUAGACAGCCAACUAGUGCUGGUGUUACUCAGCCUAAUACAGGCUCACUGUAUUCAAUCAUAACAACUAGAACUUCAGGUACAGUCAUGCAUCUGAGAAAACAAGAAAUAAUUCUGACCAUCUGCUUAAGUACCAUUCUUGGAGUUGUGAUUCUAACCAUUAUUAUGUAUAAUGUCAUCAAAUGCAAACAAAGGAGAGCACAGUAUACCCAUCGCCCUCUCUAUGCCACUUCAAAUGAGGAGCCAGGGCGAAGAUACAAUAUUCCAGAUGACACAUUGGUAAUUUCAGGAGGUCUUUACGAUGAAUCACGUGUUUAUAAUCCCAACAUGAGCGUUCUUGGAGAAGAUGAUGAGUUUCACGGUGACUAUCCUGCAUUUGCUUCCAAGUACAGCCAAUUCAGACUGGAAUUUUUACCGGAAGAAAGAGAGAUCACAGAUCAAGGAUCUUCCUUUAACACAUUUCAACCACAAAUAUAGCUCAUUAUAACCUACUGUGCAAACUCUGACUCACUCUAGUUUCAUGUGCAGGUUUUCAUUGACAAUAAAAUGAAUGAAUAUUAGGUAGACUUUCAUACUUCAGCCCUAAGCCUCCAUAAACUUCCAAACUAAGCAUCUAUUCUGCACUGUGUGGGCUUCUGUGUAUUUGUACCCAAGACUCCCAAUAGAUGCCUUGCAAAACUAGAUAAGUAUGCGAAUUCUGUUUGUACCACAACCAUGAUCUAAUUUGCAAAUAGCUGAAUUUUUCUAUCAAACAGAAAAUAUCUUAUUUACCUGACGUUAAGAAAAUCUUAAAAUGCAGAGGUAUUUCUUUCUCAAGCUGUGCACUCAAUUAUUUAGAGCAAUGUUUCAAGGGAAAUAAUUUUCAAAUGAUUAAGAAUCAGGUAUAGGAAGUCUUAAUUUUUAUCAAGUAUUUAUUUCCAGCAGGAAAAUCAGACAUUAAAAUGUUUGAAAACUAGUAAUAUCUUAAAUGCACCAAGAUGUGUCCUCAAUUAGUUCUUGAAUUUGUUUUUAAAAAAGUAUGAUCACUGAACUUCUCCACCUCUUCGUGCAUAUGACAUUAAAAACUUGUUUUUGGGGAGCUUGCAGCAUUUAUCCACGCCAACCUGUUAUCUUCACCAGCUACCCAUUAGUUCUCUGGUGGUUUGGUUAAGAGGAAGAAUAGCCAAUUUAGCUUGGGCCUGAACACUAUUUGUACGAUGAAGACUGUGACUAUUCUGCCUUAAAGGUCAAAACAGCAAUUUACUUUUACUGUCCUGAAACAUCUGAAAGCCUUUUGUUAAAAAAGUAUAACAUGGAGCAGCGAAUGUCUUUAAGGAGAAGAGUGAGGUAGAGAGGCUGAGGGAUGUAGGGAGGGAAUUCCAGAGCUUGGGAUCCAGGGAACUGAAAUCAAGGGUGCACCAAUUAAAAUUGGCCAUGUCACAAAAACGCAUUAAUGGAGGAAUGUUGAUACCUCAGAAGAUUUUGGAUUGAGUGAACAAUAAACAGUCUGCCUUGAA